AUGGCUUCUUCUGCAUUCAGGCGCCUUGUGCGCUUCGUUCCCAAAUCUGCGCCCUCAAGUAUCUUGAUCGGAGAGCCAGUACAAGCUUCUCUUGAUGUCGGUUUGGCAUCUCGUGAAGGCAAAGACAUUUCCGUCAAUGUCUUCUCAGGACGUUCUGUCUUGUCGCCUGGUUCGCGUACUGACCGAACGGAGUCCGUUGAACGACUGUUGUCACCUUUGGCGCAGGAAGAAGUUGGCACUAUCCGAUGCAUCGGAUUGAACUACGUUCAACAUGCGAAGGAGGUCAAAAUGGAUAUCCCGACAAUCCCCACGCUGUUCCUUAAGCCCAAUACAGCACUUGGUGAUCCAUGGCCAGCUCCUACUCUCCUCCCCAAAAUCACUCAAAACGAUGGAAGUGGGGACUACGAGUCUGAGUUGGCCGUCGUUAUUGGAAAAGCAGCCAAGAACGUUUCUGAAGAGAACGCCAUGGAUUAUGUGCUCGGAUUCACAGCCGCCAAUGAUGUCUCGAGCCGUGUGUCACAACUGAAUCAGUCGCAGUGGUGUUUCUCCAAGGGCUUUGAUGGAGCUUGCCCUAUCGGUCCAACUCUGGUGUCGACCUCAGAGAUUCCAGAUCCUUCCAAGCUUCAUCUUCGAGGUCUGAAGAAUGGCAAGGUCAUGCAAGAUUGCUCAUUGGACGAUCUCAUCUUCAGCGUUCCGAAGCUAGUCAGCUUCCUAUCGCAAGGAACGACCCUCCCCGCCGGCACCGUCAUUAUUACUGGUACACCAGCUGGCGUAGGCAUGGGCAGAAACCCCAAGGAGACCCUUUCACAUGGCGAUGAGUUCAGGGUCGAGAUUCUGCCACAUAUCGGGACGUUGGUUAAUACCUUUGAGAACGAGUAA